AUGCAUUUCGAUGAGGAAACGGAGGCGUCACCUUUACUUCAUAAUGUUCAACAAGGAUUGAUUGACAACGAGGACAAUAUAAUAUCGCCUUUAAUUGAAAAUGUUCAACCAACUUUACUUGACGAGGAGUCUCCUUAUGAAAUAAUAGCAGGCAAUGUGUCGAAUCAAGACGAUCCAACACUUCCAUGUUUCACAUUUCGUUCAUGCACUCUUGGCAUCUUAUUUACUUGUAUUGUUGCAUUUAUCAAUCAAUUCUUUUCGUUUCGCACAAUGCCUAUUUUUCUUGGCAUGAUCGUUGUGCAGCUGCUCUCUUAUCCUAUGGGUAAAGUGAUGGCCUCGCUAUUGCCUAGCCGAACAUUUAUGCUAUUCAGUGGAAGAUGGAGAUUCACAUUGAAUCCAGGUCCAUUCUCAAUCAAAGAACAUUGCAUUAUUUCAACAAUGGCCAAUACGGCAACUGAACUUGCAACACAAUAUCCAAUAAGUGGUUCAUUUAGUACAUAUGGAAGUCGUUUUGUUGAUGAAGCAUUUGGUUUUGCAUUAGGUUAUAAUUAUUAUUUUGCUGCUGUAACAGCAAUUGCUAGUGAAUUAGUAGCUGCUGGAAUUAUUGUACAAUUAUGGUUACCACAUUUUCCAACUAUUAUUUGGUCUCUAUUAGGAAUGAUAAUAAUAUUUGUAUUAAAUGCAUUUACAGUAAAAAGUUAUGGAGAAGCUGAAUAUUGGUUUGCCAUGAUUAAAGUUCUUACUGUUAUAAUAUUUAUAAUAGUUGGUUUAUUAGUUGAUAUAGGUGUACUUGGAGAUGUUAAAAUUGGAUUUCAUAAUUGGAAAAUUGAUGGUGCACCUUUUUAUAGAGGUAUAGGUGGAAUUGUUACUAGUUCAAUUGCUUCGGCUUUUGCAUUUGGAGGUACAGAAACUGUUGGUAUAACAGCAGGUGAAAGUGAAAAUCCUCGUCGUGAUGUUCCACGUGCAAUGAAUGGAACUAUUUGGCGUAUUAUUUUAUUUUUUGUUGGAUCAAUUUUAAUAAUGGGUCUUGUUAUUCCAUAUAAUGAUCCUAGUUUAGAUCAUAAUGAUGUUAAAAACGUAGCUGUAUCACCAUUUACACUUGUUUUUGUUAGAUCAGGUCUUAAACCAGCUGUACAUAUUAUGAAUGCAAUUAUAUUAACAACCAUAUUAUCAGCUGGAAAUUCAGCUCUUUAUGUAUGUACACGUAUUUUAUAUUCUUUAGCUAAGGAAGGAAAAGCUCCAAAACAAUUUACUUAUGUAACACGACAUGGCAUUCCAAUAUGGUGUCUUAUACUUACAGCAUUUCUAUCAACAAUAUUAUUUGGUUUAUCAUUUAUUGGUAAUCAAAUAAUUUAUCGAUGGUUAGUUAAUAUAACAGGUGUAAUGGGUUUUAUAGCUUGGCUUGGAAUAUUAUUAUCUCAUUGGAGAUUUCGUCGAGCAUUUAUUGUACAAGGUUAUUCAUUAAAUGAUCUUGUUUAUAAAACAUCAUUUUUUCCAGUUCGAUCAAUAGUAACAUCAUUAUUAAUAUGUAUAUUUAUUUUAGGACAAGGUUAUUCAGCAUUUACAACACAUCCAUUUAAUUUUAGUACUUUCUUAGCAGCUUAUAUAACAAUACCUGUUUUUUUAAUUAUUUUUUUAGUUUAUAAAUUUGUUAAAAAGACACGUUUUGUACCUUUAAGAGAAAUUGAUCUUGGUCUUGGAAAAACUUUACAAACAAUAUCAUUAGUUGGCUAUAUGAAAUUAUGUCGAAAAUCUGUACCACAUUUAGUUAUUUCUCCUAAAUCGACAUUACGUAAUUGGAUGAAUGAAUUAAGACGUUGGGUACCAUCAUUAAAUAGUGUUUGUUUAAUUGGUUCACAAGAUGAACGUAGUCGUAUAAUUCAAGAAGAAAUUGAACCUGGUGGUUGGGAUGUAGUUGUUACAUCAUAUGAAAUUGUUUUACGUGAAUCGACUAUUUUAAAAAAAUAUAAUUGGUGUUAUGUUAUAAUUGAUGAAGCACAUCGUAUUAAAAAUGAACAAUCGAAAUUAAGUAAAAUGGUACGUUUACUUAAAUCUCGAAAUCGUUUAUUAAUAACUGGUACACCAUUACAAAAUAAUUUACAUGAAUUAUGGGCAUUAUUAAAUUUUCUUUUACCUGAUGUAUUUGAUUCAGCUGAUGAUUUUAAUGCAUGGUUUGAUACACAAAAAUGUUUAGCUGAUGAUAAAGAUCUUGUUACACGUUUACAUGGUAUAUUAAAACCAUUUUUAUUACGACGUUUAAAAAGUGAUGUGGAAAAAAAACUUCCACCAAAAAUUGAAACGAAACUUUAUGUUGGUUUAGCACCAUUACAACGACAAUGGUAUACAAAAAUUUUAAUGAAAGAUAUUGAUAUAUUAAAUAGUGCAAGUGGUAAACUUGAUAAAAUUCGUUUAUUAAAUAUUCUUAUGCAACUUCGAAAAUGUGCUAAUCAUCCAUAUAUUUUUGAUGGCGCAGAACCUGGUCCACCAUAUACAACUGAUAAACAUCUAGUUGAUAAUUGUGGAAAAAUGAUUAUAUUAGAUAAACUUUUAAUUAAACUUAAAGAACAAGGUUCACGUAUACUUAUAUUUAGUCAAAUGACACGUAUGUUAGAUAUAUUAGAAGAUUAUUGUAUAUGGAGAAAUUUUGAAUAUUGUCGUUUGGAUGGACAAACAUCACACGAAGAUCGACAAGCAUCAAUUGAUGCAUAUAAUAGUCCAAAUAGUACAAAAUUUGUAUUUAUGUUAUCAACACGUGCUGGUGGUUUAGGUAUUAAUUUAGCAACAGCUGAUGUUGUCGUUUUAUAUGAUAGUGAUUGGAAUCCACAGGUGGAUUUACAAGCUACAGAUCGUGCUCAUCGUAUUGGUCAAACGAAAACGGUAAAUAUUAUCAAUUAG